UUUGAUAGUGAGAGGAACAGAGGGCUCAUUACUGGAGAAGGACAGAAAGCAGGAGAGUUAAUUCUCUACACUGAAGGACAAGUGGAGACAUGGAAUAACUGACAGACAGUUUUAAACCAAAAUAGACACAAAAGGGUAGUUUUUGCUCAUUGUGUUUGGCUUUACUGGCAAAAGAAGGAGAAGUUAAUUCAAGCACUCUGGUCAUCAUCAUGCUUGCUGAGGCGUUCCUCCAUGUGCUGCACUGCACUGAGGGAAACCAUGAACACAUAGCCCUCUCCAAGCAGCACACACACUCACGCACCGUUCCUCCACUGGAAACUGCAAUGACUCACCUGAGCUCCAGACCGUCCCGGACACCUCGGCCUCUGCGAGCCAAUUGGCCUGAAGGCCCUGAGAAGUCUGGGGUUCGCCCGACUUCACUGCCCAGUAUGGCUCUCCCAAUCCCCAGCAGCAGUGAUGAGGAUGUCUGUGGCCUGGAGCGCUACAGCUCCUUGUACUGCCCGAGCUUCUACAAAGCUUACCCAGACCUGCAGCUAGCAGGAGGCACUGUGGUUCCCCUGAACCCAACUCCACAAUCCCACAGUCCUCUGCUGAACUCUGAAGAUCUCGGCUUCCUGGAAGCCUCGAUGGAGCCCAGGGAGCUGGCAGAGGACCACAGCGAGACAGAUGAGGGCUAUCUGGUCAUAGAGAGCAUGAGAAGCCUUGGGAAAGAGCAGAGACUCACCAACUCCAUGCUGAACGGCUUUCUGGAGACGCAGCUGAUGGAGGUCUAUCGGCAGCACAUGCAGGACAACCUGGCACGGUGUAGCUCAUCCUCGCUUAACGCUAGUGUGGUGCCAGGAAUCUGUGGUAAUCUGAGCACGACUGACAGGAACAUGACCGUGCAGGGGAACGAGCUGCACUCCAGCCAAAACCAGAACAGCAUCAGAUACUUAUGUACCUGUUCGGCCCCGCCUACUUCACACUUUAGCACACCUGUCCUGCGCAUUUCAUGCCAACAAGAGCCUGAAUCCUGAACACACACACACACACAGAGGUCAAUAUCAAUGGAAACUUGUCUUUUAUAAUUUUUUUUUAAAAUCAAAAUAGACUGUUAUUGUUAGGCUUUGAUUGUAUGUCACUCUGGAAAUUAAUAAUCACACUCAUACUUUUGUUAAAUGUCGAAUUAAAAUUUAAAAAGGCUCAAUAUCAGUGUAAAGUAAAAUGCAACAAGUGCAAAUAAACACUUUCAUUUUCAUUUCCUUCAUUUUCCAAAGCAAUUACUUCCUUAUUU